GUCGUAUCUAUACAGGAAAUUACGUACCCAAACCGGAAUUGGUUAUAGAGGGUGGGACGUUUUUGAAUUCGUGCGGCUCCGUUUUGACUGUUGACAACUAUCAGAGUUAAAAUAUCCGUCAAGCCUUUGUCAUUGCUGGUGUUAUAUUCAUUGCAGAUUGAGCAAUGUCCUCUAAAAUCCCAAGAGGUGCACAGUUACCUGCAGAAACGAAGGAAAGAACUGCAAAUGCUGCCCAAAAGUCAGAUGGCAUCCUUAAAUCUCAAAAAGAAAAUGUACCAAGAAAAAAUGUUCCUAGAGGUCAUAAAGGGGUCUCCACAAGAUACGGGCAACAGGCAGGGCUCGAGGGGCAACAUCCGCAUUUGAUGGCUUCCAAUGAGGAGCUGCAGAAAAACCUCACAACAACACAGAAAAGGGUAGCUGAGUUGGAGCUGCAGUUCAGUGACCUUGAAAAGGAGAACGCAGGGUUACAGAAAAACCUGAAGGACUGUCAUGCGCUCCUUGUUGCAGCCAAAAUAGACCCAGUUGUAGGAGAAAGGGUUGGAGAAGCUGCACGACAAAAUGAAGAUCAAAGAAAAGAAGUCAUGAGUGUCUCCAAAGACCUGCUGCAUACGUUAAAAGCGUUUGGAGACACUGCAUCACAGCAACGUGCUCGGCUGGAGGAAAUCCAAACAACACUGACAGAACUCACCACAGCGCGGGAACAUAUGAUGCAGGAAAGGGAGAACUUUUCCCUGGAGGCUGCUGAAAUGGAAAAAGCUCUCAAGGAAGCAGAAGCUCUCUUGUUAUAAAAGUGUAAAAUAUUUCCACAAUUUGAAAUGACUUGAUGCAUAAUGUUGUAUUUUAAUGUUCGUGUGACUGAAUAAAGGAUUCUUAUUUCCUCA